AUGGUUCAUUUAGGUCCAAAACCCCCACAACAUAGAAAGGGUACUUUCACUGAUGUUCCACAAGAACUUUUAACUGAAUUGAAAAAUUUAGAAGAAUUGUUAACUAUUACACCAGAAACAUUAAUCAAGAUUACCGAUCACUUCAUUACUGAAUUAGAUAAAGGAUUAAGUAAGAAGGGAGGGAAUAUUCCAAUGAUUCCAGGUUGGGUCUUGGAUUUCCCAACUGGUAAAGAAACUGGUGAUUAUUUGGCUAUUGAUUUAGGAGGAACUAAUUUAAGAGUUGUUUUAGUUAAAUUAGGAGGCAAUCGUGAUUUCGAUACCACUCAAUCUAAAUUUGCUUUGCCAAAACACAUGAGAACUGCUACAUCUGAUGAAUUAUUUGAUUUCAUUGCUGAAUGUCUUAAAAAAUUUGUUGAUGAAGAAUUCCCAGAAGGAGUUUCUGCUCCAUUGCCAUUAGGUUUUACCUUUAGUUAUCCAGCAUCUCAAAACUCUAUCAAUGAAGGGGUUUUACAAAGAUGGACUAAAGGUUUUGACAUUGAUGGUGUUGAAGGUAAAGAUGUUGUUCCUUUAUUACAAGCUUCAAUUGAGAAAGUUCAAGUUCCAAUUGAAGUUGUUGCUUUAAUUAACGAUACUACUGGUACUUUAGUUGCUUCCAUGUAUACUGAUUCCGAAGCUAAAAUGGGGUUGAUUUUCGGUACUGGUUGUAAUGGUGCUUAUUAUGAUGUUGUUAAAGAUAUUCCAAAAUUAGAAGGGUUAAUUCCUGACGAUAUUGAUCCAGAAAGUCCAAUGGCAAUCAAUUGUGAAUAUGGUGCUUUCGAUAAUGAACAUUUAGUUUUACCAAGAACUAAAUACGAUAUUCAAAUUGAUAAAGAAUCACCAAGACCUGGUCAACAAUCAUUCGAAAAAAUGAUCAGUGGUUAUUAUUUGGGUGAAGUUUUAAGAUUAAUUUUAUUAGAUUUAACUUUAGAAAAAAAAUUAAUCUUUAAAAAUCAAGAUUUGUCAAAAUUACAAACUUCUUUUAUUUUAGAUACUUCAUUCCCAGCUAAAAUCGAAGAAGAUCCUUUCGAAAACUUAAGUGAUGUUGCUGAUUUAUUCCAAAAUCAAUUAGGUAUUCAAACCACUUCUGCUGAAAGAAAAAUCAUCCGUGUUUUAGCUGAAAAGAUCGGUGAAAGAUCUUCAAGAUUAUCAAUUUGUGGUAUUGCUGCCAUUUGUAAGAAAAGAGGUUAUAAAUCAGCCCAUUGUGCCGCUGAUGGUUCUGUUUACAAUAAAUACCCCGGUUUCAAAGAAAGAGCUGCUCAAGGUUUAAGAGAUAUCUUCAAAUGGGAGUCUAAAGAAGAUCCAAUCAUUAUUGUUCCUGCUGAAGAUGGUUCUGGUGCUGGUGCUGCCAUCAUUGCUGCUUUAACUCAAAAGAGAUUGAAAGAAGGUAAAUCAGUAGGUAUCAAGAAAAACUAA